UUUCAAAUUUUUCAAUCAUGGCGACUUCAAGUGAUGUUGUUUUACAAAGUGCGAUGAAAUCAGCGUCGUAUAAUGUCAUACUGCAAAUUUCAUUGAGGAUUAUUACUUUUCUUAUGAAUGCUUUCAUCCUGAGGUUUAUAUCUCGAGAAACUCUUGGACUUGUGAACGUUAGACUGACCCUACUUUACACGACUAUUUUAUUCUUGGCUAGGGAAGCAUUCAGAAAAACUUGUUUGAGUCAUUCUUCAGAAAGCAAGGGAACAAAAUGGGACCAAAUUAUUAAUAUGAUAUGGUUAGCUGUGCCUUUAGGCGCUUCGGCCUCACUUGUUUUUGGGUUUAUUUGGUUAAACUGGUUAGAAAUGCCACCAAUGGAACUAGCUAAAGAUUAUUUAACCAGUGUUGUGUGCUUCGCUUCAAGUGCCAUACUGGAGUUAAUGGCCGAACCUCUUUGGAUUGUAUUUCAGUGUCAUUUGUUUGUUCGUCUUAAGGUUGUAAUUGAAGGUUCAGCAGUGUUGCUACGAUGUAUAACUGCAGCAUCGCUUGUGUAUUUUGUUCCUUCCUUAGGUCUUCUUGCCUUCUGCUUUGCUCAGUUAAUGCAAUCAUUAACAUAUUUCUUACUAUACUAUAUAUACUUCUUCCACUUCAUCAAAGCGAAUACAAAGAAAAAUGACAAAGAAUUUCCAUUACGAGCAUUUAAUGAUGUUUUUCCCUCCCGUAAGUCACCAAACAGUCUAUGGAUAAAUUUUAAGUUGCUGUCUUUGACAUGGAGUUUUUUCAAGCAAUCUUUACUCAAGCAGAUUCUUACUGAGGGAGAGCGAUAUGUGAUGACCUUGUUCAAUGCAUUGACUCUUGCACAGCAAGGUGUUUAUGAUGUGAUCAAUAAUCUUGGAUCCCUUGCAGCUAGAUUUAUAUUCCUCCCAGUGGAAGAAAGUUAUUACCUAUUUUUUACUCAAACACUGGUUAGAGAUAAGCCAGCAUCAAAACAACAACCAGAAAGUUUGUGUCUUGCUGCAGAGACACUAGAAUCUGUGUUGAAAUUUGUUUUGUUAAUUGGAUUGACAAUUGUUGUGUUUGGUUAUUCAUAUUCAUUGCUUGCCUUGGAUAUUUAUGGUGGCUCAAUCUUGAGUUCAGGAGAAGGUCCAACACAAUUAAGAUGGCAUUGUUUCUACAUAUUGAUAAUUGCAGUGAAUGGAAUAACUGAAUGUUUUAUGUUUGCAACCAUGAGCCAAGAGGCAGUUGAGAAGUACAAUAAAAAAAUGGUGGUCUUCUCAGUUAUUUUUCUCUUGUCUUCCUGGUUUCUCACAUACUUUGGAGCUGUUGGUUUUAUUUUUGCCAACUGCUUAAAUAUGAUGUUACGAAUCAUUCACAGCCUAAUUUAUAUUCAAGAAUAUUUUUGUGAUACAAGUCUACGACCAUUACAGGGAUUUCUCCCAUCAAAACCAGUACUUCUGGCCUACAUCAUUGCAUGUAUUUUUACAUUGUGGUCAGACUCUAUGUUCUGUUGUUCUUACGGAUGGUUUUGGCGAUUAUGUCACAUUGCUACUGGUGGUUUAUGUGGACUCGCUGUUAUUCUAACCAUAUACCUAACUGAAGAAAAUCUCGUGCAAUUUGUAAAGAAACAGUUGUUUUCCAAACUUCAUACAAAGGUGGAAUGAAAAUUAACUAUUGUUAGUGGUGGAACUGUAGUUCAGAGCUUGUAUGGUAAAUCCUACUGUAGCUUGGAUGAUGUUGUUAAAAUGCUGGUGAAAGUGUAAUAUUCCUGUAUGAAAAAAUUCUUCAAACUUUCAGCUUUUUAUUUAAAAUUAUUUGUGGAAUAUACAAGUUUGAUUUCAGAACCUUUCUCAUAUC